UCAAAUUAUGGAUACAUUAAAGCAUUUGUGACUCAUUUCCCACUCACCAUUGUGGUUCACUACUUCUUUGUAAUAAUCACAGCUCAGAGUAUGUUCUGUUCUGCUCAAAAGAGUAGCACAAACCAUUCAAAAUUGAACCUUCAAAAAUGCCUUCAUGUAACAAUGUUUUGAACUCAAUUGGUGAAAUUUCAUGGAUUUGUCUGAAGAAUUUUGAUUUCAAUUCUUUAUGUUCUCAAAGGAGCUUAAUAGACACAAUCAAUAUACUCUUUCUAUGUGUCUACUUUAUAUCUUUGAUUAUCACUAUAAUCAGAAAAACUUCUACAAAUGAAAGCCACAGAAAAUUCUGGAUUUUCCUUAUUGUUUCAAUUUGUUGUGGAAUUAUUAGCAUUGCAUUUUUCGGUAUUGGAUUGUGGAAUCUCAUAGCAAAAACUGAUUACUCUGAGAAAUUGAAUUGGUUAACUUGCAUUAUCAAAGGAUUCAUUUGGAGUUCUUUUGCAGUUUCUUUGAUUGUUCAAAGAGUCAAAUGGAUUAGAAUAUUAAACUCUAUAUGGUGGUUAUCUUCAUGUGUAUUGGUUUCAGUUAUCAACAUUGAAAUUCUGAUAAAAAAUCAUGCAAUUGAAGCUUUAGAUAUUGUACAGUGGCUUGUACAUUUUCUUCUUUUGUAUUGUGCUUUCAAAAAUGUUGGUUAUUUAGGAAAUAAUAGUGUUCAAGAAGGUUUAUCUGAGCCACUAUUAGGUCAAAAAAUUGAAACUAAUCAAACAGGAUUAGGUCAUGCUAAUUUCUUCAGCAAGUUGAUUUUCUGUUGGAUUAAUUCUUUAAUCAGUUUAGGUUACUCGAAGCCACUCGGUCUUGAAGAUAUACCUUCUCUUGUUUCUGAAGAUGAAUCAAACAUGGCUUAUCAAAAAUUUGUUGAUGCUUGGGAAUCACUUGUUAGAGAGAGGACUAAGAACAAUACAAAGAGUUUGGUUCUUUGGUCUAUAGUUAGAAUUUACUUGAAAGAAAAUUUAUUAAUUGCAUUUUACGCAUUAAUCAGAACUAUUGCUGUUGUAGUUUCAUCUCUAAUAUUGUAUGCAUUUGUUAGCUACUCGAAUAGAACUGAGGAAGAUCUUAAAAAAGGUCUUUCUAUAGUUGGUUUUUUGAUUGUCACCAAGGUGUUCGAGUCUUUGUCGCAAAGACAUUGGUUUUUUAACUCAAGGAGAUCAGGAAUGAAAAUGAGAUCAGCUCUGAUGGUGGCAGUUUAUCGAAAGCAGUUAAAGCUUUCUAGCUCGGCAAGGACAAGGCACUCGGCUGGCGAAAUUGUGAAUUACAUUGCAGUUGAUGCAUAUAGAAUGGGAGAAUUUCCAUGGUGGUUUCAUAGAACAUGGACUUCUGCAUUGCAACUUGUUCUUUCUAUUGGUGUACUUUUUUGUGUUGUUGGUAAUGGUUCUCUUCCUGGUUUAGUCCCUCUUCUUAUAUGUGGACUUCUCAAUGUACCAUUUGCAAAGAUCAUGCAAAAGUGUCAGUCACAGUUUAUGAUUGCACAGGACGAGCGUCUCCGAUCAACUUCAGAGAUUCUGAACAGUAUGAAGAUCAUUAAGUUACAAUCAUGGGAAGAAAAAUUCAAGAACUUAGUUGAGUCGCUACGCAAUAAAGAGUUUGUUUGGUUGUCUAAGGCACAAAUACUGAAAGCUACUAAUUCAUUUCUUUAUUGGAUGUCUCCUACGGUUGUUUCUGCUGUUGUUUUCCUUGGAUGUGCUGUUACCGGGAGUGCACCAUUGAAUGCUGAAACCAUUUUCACAGUUAUUGCAACAUUGAAGAACAUGGGAGAACCUGUUAGAAUGAUCCCUGAGGCACUAUCUAUUAUGAUUCAAGUUAAGGUUUCGUUUGAUCGUCUUAAUAUAUUUUUUCUUGAUGAAGAACUAAAUAAUAUUGAUAGUGAAAGAAACUUACGGCAAUGUUUGGUUAAUGCUGUGGAAAUUCAAGAUGGCAACUUCAUUUGGGAUCACGAAUCUGUCUCCUCAACUUUAAAAGACGUGAAUUUAGAAAUCAAACGGGGACUGAAAAUUGCAGUUUGUGGACCAGUUGGAGCUGGAAAAUCGUCACUUUUGUAUGCGAUACUUGGAGAGAUUCCUAAGAUUUCAGGAACUGUUAACGUUGAUGGCACAUUAGCCUAUGUGUCUCAAUCGUCUUGGAUACAAAGUGGAUCAGUUCAAGAUAAUAUACUCUUUGGCAAGCCAAUGGACAAAACAAGAUAUGAGAAAGUAAUUAAAGCUUGUGCCUUAGAUAAGGAUAUCAAUGAUUUUAGCCAUGGUGAUGUUACAGAAAUUGGUCAGAGAGGGAUCAACAUGAGUGGAGGACAAAAGCAAAGGAUUCAACUAGCUAGAGCAGUCUACAAUGAUGCUGAUAUCUAUCUCCUUGAUGAUCCUUUCAGUGCAGUUGAUGCACAUACAACUUCAAUACUAUUCAAUGAUUGUGUCAUGACUGCUUUAAGAGAGAAAACAGUGAUUCUAGUUACUCAUCAAGUGGAGUUUCUCUCAGAAGUUGAUACUAUAUUGAUAAUGGAGGGUGGAAAAGUUAUUCAAUCAGGUAGUUAUGGGAAUCUCCUGACAGCUGGAACAGCCUUUGAACUGCUUGUGAGUGCUCAUAAAGACACAAUUACUGACUUGAAUCAAAAUCAUGAAAAUAAAGGUUCUGAAAAUGAGGUUUUGACAAAAAACCAAAGUGAGGGAGAGAUUUCUAAUAUCAAGGGACCAAUUGGCACACAGCUUACACAAGAGGAAGAAAAAGUGAUUGGUAAUGUUGGAUGGAAGCCGUUCUGGGAUUAUAUUAAUUAUUCCAAUGGGACAUUCAUGCUGUGUUUGAUUAUUUUAGCACAAUCUGGUUUUUUGGCUUUGCAGAUUGCAUCAACUUUUUGGCUUGCUAUAGCCAUUGAAAUUCCAAAAAUAACUAACACCACCUUGAUUGGUGUUUAUGCAUUAGUUUCGUUUUCUAGUUCUGGUUUGGUUUAUGUAAGAUCUUACUUGUCCGCACUUUUGGGAUUAAAAGCUUCUACUGCUUUCUUCUCAAGCUUCACCACAGCUAUCUUCAAAGCCCCAAUGCUUUUCUUUGAUUCAACUCCUGUAGGAAGAAUUUUAACUAGAGCUUCAUCAGAUUUGAGUAUUUUGGACUUUGAUAUACCUUGUUCCAUCACCUUUGUAGCAUCUAUAGCAAUUGAAAUUUUGGUGAUAAUUUGUGUAAUGGUUUCUGUCACAUGGCAAGUUCUCAUUGUUGCUGUUCCUGCAAUGGUUGCAUCAAUAUUCAUUCAGCAAUAUUAUCAAGCCACUGCAACUCAACUAAUACGGAUCAAUGGAAUCACCAAAGCUCCAGUCAUGAAUUUUGCAGCUGAGACAUCACUUGGUGUGGUUACCAUAAGAGCAUUCAAAAUGGUAGAUAGAUUUUUCGAAAACUACUUAAAACUCGUGGACACAGAUGCCUCACUGUUUUUUCACUCUAAUGUGACAAUGGAAUGGGUAGUUUUAAGGAUUGAAGCACUUCAAAAUUUGACUGUCAUCACUUUAGCUUUGUUGCUUAUUCUACUACCUCAAGGAUAUGUAUCCCCAGGCCUUGUUGGACUGUCUCUUUCCUAUGCUUUUACCUUGACAGGAAACCAAAUAAAUUGGACUAGAUGGUUUUCCAAUCUAUCUAACUAUAUUAUCUCGGUUGAAAGAAUCAAGCAAUUCAUUCACAUACCAGCUGAGCCUCCAGCUAUUGUGGAUAACAACCGACCUCCAUCUUCAUGGCCUUCCACGGGCAAGAUUGACCUCCAAGGUUUGGAGAUUAGAUAUCGUCCUAAUGCUCCAUUAGUCCUUAAGGGAAUCACUUGUACCUUUAAAGAAGGGAGUAGGGUAGGAGUUGUUGGAAGGACAGGAAGUGGAAAAAGUACACUGAUUAGCGCGUUGUUUCGCUUAGUUGAGCCUUCAAGAGGUUAUAUUCUCAUUGAUGGGAUGAACAUAUGCUCAAUGGGGUUGAAGGAUUUGAGAACAAGGCUAAGCAUAAUCCCUCAAGAACCAACUCUUUUCAAGGGAAGCAUUAGGACAAACAUGGAUCCUCUAGGCCUGUACUCAGAUGAUGAAAUAUGGAAGGCUGUGGAGAAAUGUCAGCUUAAGGAAACAAUCAGCAAGCUACCAAGUCUCCUGGACUCUUCAGUGAGUGAUGAAGGUGGAAAUUGGAGCUUAGGACAACGCCAAUUGUUUUGUCUUGGAAGAGUUCUACUUAAGAGAAACAGAAUUCUAGUUUUGGAUGAAGCUACUGCAUCCAUCGACUCUGCCACAGAUGCCACUCUACAAAGAGUGAUUAGACAAGAAUUUGCAGAAUGCACAGUUAUAACUGUGGCUCAUAGAGUUCCAACUGUAAUAGACAGCGACAUGGUCAUGGUUUUAUCUUAUGGGAAAUUGGUGGAAUAUGAUGAGCCUUCAAAGCUAAUGGACACAAACUCUUCAUUUUCUAAGCUGGUAGCUGAAUAUUGGUCGAGUUGCAGGAAGAAUUCCUUCACAAAUAUUAGCAGCCAGCAGCAAUGAAUAAUGAGUUUAUGGAAAAUAAAGAUUAUCACAUAAACUGAAGGAAAAUAGUUGACAUCUCAGCAGUUAUGAGCCCAGAAGAAUAAAGGGUGAUCUGUCUCGUUGAUGUUGUGUUCCAACGGUGGUGCAAAUGUAUGUGAAUCGAAAAACUUCUGCUUGAGGGAGAGCAUACUCACAUGAAUGGAUAGAAUCACACAUGAAAGGGAGAUUAUUGAGUAAGUAUUCCAUAUUAGAUGAAGAAGAGGAUGUUCAACAACAUAUAAGUGAUAGGACUCAUGCACCUAAUGUCUUAAAGUUUUUAGAUAAAGAUGUUGGAUUAUAAACUUGAUUUGGUCCAUUGGACUAAUUAAGUGUUAGGCCCAUUUUGAUUUUAGUGGUGUAGUCCAAAAAAAGAGUUUUAGAGAGGUGUAGAAGUAGAUUGGUAGAAUAAUACUUAGUUGAGAAAAAUGUGCAUCUGUCUUGAAGUGUGUAGAACAAUCUAUUGAUAGGAGAGGACUUGUCAUUUGUAAACUAAGCGAGUAACUAUGCAGUAAAGUAUUCUCUCCUCUAUUCCUCCUAAAUGCUCACAUACUAAAUCUUCUCCUUUUCCAAAAAUGUAGUAUCAGAACUUAGGUUCUGAUAAGAAAUUCUUUCAUAAUCUUAGGAGCAUUAGAGUGACAAUCUUCCAAGUUCUACUUCUCAAAGG